UCCACCUUCGAUCUUGGUCCAACGCCUCAGUCCUCUUGCAGCCCGAUCUGGUCCGAGAUCUCGUCUGAAAAAAACAAUCACUCAGCGCCCCUCUGUCAGCCAUGUCCAUCAGCGGGUUUAACAUCUCUGCCGUCAUCCCCAUCAACGCCAGCAGCAUCCAGUGGAUCGUGACAUACAGUCCUGACCUCCAAACGCCCAGGUGCACAAAUUCCAGCAACACAUUCAGCGGCUUUAUCUAUCAAAUUGGGGACACCAUCGCAGCGACCAACCGAUGCUACUGCUCGCCCGUCUCCAUCGGCUCACCUGCUAGCUGCCAAUACUACGCCAUCGAUGCCACCACCGGCCUGGUCUAUCUCUACAGCUGCGGCUCUGAUACAACCUGCACGAGCGACUGCACUCUCCUCACGAUAUAUCCGGGAACGGGCUCAAAGCCCUGCGCUCCCAUCCGAGUCACAAAUGCCUCCUCGGUCGGCGCUUAUGCCACAUCUGCAGGCUGGGACUCAAGUUUCAACACCUCCAACUUUGCGUACUAUCCCUAUGCUCUCGGCGACGGAACCUGCUCCACAGUCGCCAAAGCCGAUCGGGUUCCGAUAUACCCGAACUGCACAUGGAUUGCGGGCAACGUCUAUGGUUUGACUAUCCUCAACACCACUACCGGCAAACUGGAUCAGUACGGCUGCAACAGUGCAUACUGUGGCGUUUGCUGGCUUUCGUAUAGCAUCAGCCUGAACGCCUCCUGCGUUGUGGACACGUUGUACUCAGGACCGUCGUUCACGCAAUACCGCCAAGGUGCCAUCCUUUCCAACCCGAAUCAAAAACUCCUCACAGAUUUUCCAAAUUCUGCUUCGAUCCUUCUUCCCUUCGUAUACGCCAUCCUCAUCACCGCUGGGGCUGCUUCUCUCAUCUCCUGACUGACUCAACGCGCGAAACGCAUCAAGUCCUUGUUACUCUUGCAUAUAUGAUCAUACAGAAAUAUUGCUGCUGAAGUCCAAUCUCGAUGAGUGUUACUCGUCCAUGAAGUAAUACAUUUGGUCAGAGACGCUGAACCGUCCGGAAUAUGCCGUUCACCACCAAGGAUGGUGUGAUGAUACUGUCUUUGCCUCGUAAUGCAUACUUGAGUCGCCCCUGGUACUCACGUCACUUGAGAGUACACCCGGCUGUGGUUUACUUCGUCGCAGAAGAGGUGUGGACGGAUGAUGAUGCCCCCCUUAACCACCAAUCCCGACAACUCCAACCAAGCGCCCCAGUA